AGUCCAACAUCGCCGUCGCCAACGCGCCGAGACGAAAGGUAAACCCCCCACACAAACCAAACCCGCUACCGCAUAUCGCGACAUUAACGCCUUUUCCGUUGCGCACGAGCGCGCAUUGGGAGGCGAAGUAGAGAGAGAGAGAGGAGGAGGAGGAGGACGACGACGAUGAGGUAGAAGAAGAAGAGGGCGAAUCCACGGCGUUUUGAUCUGUCUCUCGGCGCCUGUUAGGGUUGGGCGAGGUAGGUGCUGUUCUCGCGUGGCAUGCUUCGUCGCCGAGGGAGGAGGAGGAGGAGGGGGCGAUGAGAGAGGAGAAGAAGCGUAUGGAGGCUGCGUCGGAGGAGCUCGAGCGACGGAGCCGUUAUUUGAGCUCGCUUAUACAGCGGACGAAGAUGAGGACCGAGGCGGAGGAGGAGGUGACAGCGGCGGCGGCGGCGGCGGCGGCGCACAGCGACGGUAAGGUGGAGGAGAAGAGGCGAGAGCCACGGAUCGAGAUGGAGAGGGAGAAGGAGAAGGAGGAGGUGAAGGAGAAGGAGAAGGUGAAGGAGAAGAAGGGAGAGGAGGAGGAGGAGGAGGAGGAGGAGGAGAAAGGAGAUGAGGCACAGGAGAAGCAUAAGGUUAGGGUUAGGGCCGCGGACAUGCCCCUCGCGCUGCAGAAGCGCGCGUUCCGGUGCGCGCGGGAGACGCUCGCGGCGAUGCCGAAGCUCGAUAGCAAGCGCCUCGCCCUCGCCCUUAAGAAGGAAUUCGAUUCCUUGUACGGUCCUGCUUGGCACUGCAUUGUUGGAACAAGCUUUGGGUCAUAUGUCACUCAUUCUUUGGGUGGCUUCUUGUACUUCUCCAUCGAUAAGGCCUACGUUCUUCUAUUUCGGACUGCUGUUGAACCAUUAGGGCAUUGACAAGAAUAUUGUAGUUCAUCUCAAAUGGUUCGGAGUGAACAUAUCUACUCAAAAUACUGUAAUUUUAACUAGCCGAACGAUUGGUGUGAGAGACUUGUUGUAAAAUUGCACGCUUACAUGAAUGGCACCCAACAAUCAGUUCAUCUUGCUUUUGUUUCGUUGAUUUGGAAAUUCGUCUUUGAUAUUGUAU